AUGGCAACAAUCAGCAAAGUUGAACAUCAUACUGUCCAGGUCGAGAAGAAGAUAAAGGAUCUCUGCCUCCUGGAGGUUAUGGUCGAUAUGUUCUACCGUGUGUCUCGUCUCGAAGUCGUGAGCCACCGCAGCAGCUAUCCCGACCUCCUUGUCGCUGCCUUCUACGGAUGGGUCGAUAUCAUUGACAAAAUGCUCAGCUUGGGCAGCAACCCUGAUAUCCAAGACUCAAAGGGGGUAACGGCACUACAUGUUGCCUGCACGUCUCUGGAGGAAGCCUCGACGGAAAUAGUUACAGUUCUGAUGAAUGAUGGUGCUGAUCCGGACCUACAACUCAAAGAUACCGGCUUUACUCCUAUGCAUCAGGCCAUCUGGGCAUGUCGGGGGGAAGCUGACCCCUGGGACUCUAGUGGAAAGGUUGAGGCACUCCUAGAUGGAGGAGCAGAUAUCAACAUGCAGGACAGUCAAGGCCGUGCCCCUGUCCAUAUCGCGUCUUCUAUCCCCUGGGAUAACAGCCUCUUUAAGCUUCUUUACCAAAAUGGUGCAAGGCUUGACCUUGUCGACGACAAGGACAGAUCUAUCUUGCAUUACGCAGCGGCAUAUGGAGACCUAGAACAUAUUGAAUACCUGCGCUAUCUUCGGCUAACAGAACCGGAUCCAGAAGGCAAAGACAUCAACAGUUACACUCCAAUGAAUAUGAUGGUAUGGAGGGAAAAAACUGAAAAAGAAAAACUUUGGCAAAACAUGAAACGACCAACUGCGGAAGAACUUGCAUCUUUCUAUUCUUUGAUCGAAGAGAUAAAGCAUCACAGGCUUGAGCGCGCGUAUACCAGAACAAAUAGGAAACUUAGCGGUGGCUGUUUCCAAAGUAACCGCCCAGGAAAACGUCUCAACGCUAAAGAACGGUCAAAGAAAGGGAAACGUCUCACCCAUCGCGACAGCAGGCCGAAGAAGGCCAAGCUCCUCCUGCCGUUGUCUAUUGAAGAGGAAGGGACAGUUAGUGGUGUGCAAUUUAAGUUUGAUACCAGGGAAGGUUAG